CAAAGCCAAAGGCCAGCUUUUUUUUUUUUUUUGGUAAUUCCAAAGGCCGGCUUUGGGUGGGUUAUAUUUUAUAAAUAUAACUUUGAUAUAGACUCCUCCAUUUACGCGUAUUUUUAUUUGUUUGUGCUUAUCCCCAAUAUGUUUGCUUAAACAAAAAUGGCAGAGGCAGAGCCAGGUCCAGGUUUCAGAAACCAGAGAUGGUCAUUAAAGGGUAUGACUGCCCUCGUCACUGGUGGAACAAGAGGCAUUGGAUAUGCUAUAGUAGAAGAGCUAGCAGGCCUUGGGGCGACCGUACAUACCUGUUCUCGUAACCAAACAGAGAUCAAUCAGAGGCUACAAGAAUGGGAGAGCAAAGGGUUCAAGGUUAGUGGCUCAGUUUGCGACCUGACUUCAAUUUCUCAGCGAGAGGAGCUCAUAAAGACCGUCUCUUCUGUUUUCGAUGGAAAGCUCAACAUCCUUGCAAGGCCAUUUUUCAUGUGGUGCUGUGAUCAGGUAAACAACGCUGCAACUGUGACACUUAAAGAUGCAAAGGAAUACACACAUGAAGAUUUCUUAACUAUAAUGGAGACUAAUGUUGAGUCUCCGUACCAUCUAAGCCAAAUUUCACACCCUCUAUUGAAGGCAUCAGGAGCUGCAAGUAUUGUAUUCAUUUCUUCCAUUGCUGGUCUCAUAGCUUUACCCAAACUUUCCAUAUAUGCAGCAUCCAAAGGAGCUAUCAACCAACUUACAAAGAACUUGGCAUCUGAAUGGACAAAAGACGGCAUUCGAACAAAUGCAGUAGCACCAUGGGGUGUCAAUACCACGAUAGUCAAACCAGACAAUCCAAAUACCAAUGAAUAUAUUCCUCUAAUGAUGCGAACUCCGAUCCGUCGGCUUGCCGAGGCGAAUGAAGUUUCAUCGCUGGUGGCUUACCUUUGCCUGCCUGCUGCUUCAUACAUCAAUGGACAGAUUAUUAGUAUUGAUGGAGGAUUCACAGCAGUGGGUUAAUAUCCAAGUCAACUCUCCCCCAAAAAAAAAAAAAGAAAAAAAAAAAUCAGCAAGAGCUCUAUCAAUCGCUCACUCCUAUAAAAUAAAUAUUUUAAUUUCAUGUGUUUGUCGGGUGCUUGACUUAGCAUCCUUUACUCUGUCAUUGUGCAAAAUAAGAUCCAUUUGAUUUUUCCCACCUUGCAAGUUCAUCAUUUUAACUCAAAAGUCAAAUGACAUUUAAUAAUGGUCUUUUUUCGUUUC